AUAAAAGGAGGGGGCAGCGGCUAACGUGACACUCUUGUUUUUGAACAACGGGCUACUGCAACUCAACGCUGUGCAGAGGCAAUCUUUCGACAAACAGAAGAUAGGGGAGGAGAGGCGAGGAGGUGCAGGAGGCAUGCAGGCGAGCCUCAGCCUGCUCCUCGCUCUCUGCCUGCUCCGAGGUGGCGGGGCGGAGAGCGAGGGGAGUGCCAGGCCCAGCUGUCAGGCACCGCCUGAUUGGAGGAUCGGGGCGGAGGAGCCCAUGAGGGUGGCGAUGGGCCGGGUGACGGUGGUGGCCCUUUUGCAGGCCAGCUGACUGUUCUGCUUGGUGCAGGCAUCCAGAAUGGAUAGCCUGCGCCUGCAGAUGGAGAGUGAGGGUUUGAAGGAAGUGACCUAUAUGGUCAUCAACCAUCAGGGGCCCCAAGCACAACAGCUCCAUCCCAUGCUGGAACAGAGAAUAUCGCAGAACAUCGCGCUCUACAAACAGCAAGAGGACCAGCCGGACGUGUGGCUGCUGCUGAACGGAGCCAAGGAUGACUUUUUCAUCUAUGACAGAUGUGGACGCCUUACACAGCAGAUUUCACUUCCAUAUUCCAUCAUUGGCCAAGGCCACAUUGAGGGUGCCAUCAAGGACACCUACUGCAAGCGCCUAUGUGGUACCUGCACAUAUGAGAGUGCUGAAAUCCCGCCAGAGUGUCAAGUAACUACAGAAGCGAGUCCCAAUGCUGCCCCGGCAGUAGACGCAGAACCUGGACAGAAUGGUCACCAUCACCACCAUCAACAUCACCACCAUGCGCACCACGCACACGACCCCAGUAUGGGUCAUCACCACGGAAACCACGAAGUGCAAAGCAAAAGUCACCACAGUUUAGGGCAACAGGCUCACCAGGGGCACUUACACGUGGCGCCCCAGGAGGCGCAGGAGGCGCCGGUGAUGCAGCGCCCGUGAGCCCCCGUGAAGCCGAGGUGAAGUUCCAAGCACAACUGACGUUGGACCGCUGGUUCCGACCGCGCCGCCGCCGCCGCUCCCGCGGCCAGCUGAUGCUGACACUGACGGAAGCUGUUCGGCGAGGCGGGCGAGACGGGCCUGUGACACUGUCAGGAGGCGCUACCCGCCACGUGACGGUGACACGGGCCGGGCGACGAGGCCGAUCGCGUCAGCGAGACCUGACAGUGACGCUCGGCGCCCGCCGACUGACCGCCGCCUCAGCCGGAACAGUGAGCCUGACCCCCGGGGGUCGUGAGCUGAGAAUGAGGUCAUCUGUAAAGCUGGCCGUGAUGUCAUUCUCGUAUAGCCACACCAGCUCACGUCACUCGUUGUCCAGAUAUGUCACCAUGUUCCCAAAUGACCGUUUCCCCCUUUUGGACCCCUCCAUCUUUUAUGAAAUCAGGCGCACAAACUAUGCUCUAGUGGCGUCUGGGUGAAGUCAGGAUGGCAGGGAUGAGACACGAGUCGUUGAGGAACAAGGUGGACAAGGUUUUCUAAAAAUUCACAUUAGGCAUCCCAAAACAGUGAAAAACCUUUAUUGAGCCAAAGCCAAGACAUAUUUUAUUAGAAAAAUCUCUCAACACACCAUCAAACAAAAAGUGUAAAAAUACAUUGUUUUAAUUUUACAUUUUUUUUUUUUUUGACUUACCUAUUUGCUGUUUUGGUGUUCCUUCCGGAAUGCUCCACGAUAUCAAAGCCCUGUCUCAUACAAAAGUAGGAGCGAUUUUCUAAAAGUAGUACAAAAUUUCCAUGAGACAAAGCUUUGGUGCCAUCUUGUGGAAUAUUGGGGUCUUUCAGAAAGCGCACAAUAACAGCAAAUAGGUGAGUUUUUCAGUAACAGAAUAGGUUCUAAAAAAAAAAAAAAGAUUGUCUAAACUUUUCAAAAGCUUGCUUCUCAGUGGAGAUGCGUCAUCUCAAUAUACUUCCAACAUGACACAAGAUGUCGCCAAAGCAUUCUCUGAAGAGAAAUUUUUCAAAAAGUGGCUUUGAAUGUAUAGUUUGAGUUACGUAAGCCAUAUUUACACGGGCACUUCGGGUACAUUUCUUCAAAAUCUAAUCAUCCGUCAGCCAUUUAUUUGCUAGAAUAAAGUUGGAAGAUGAUUUGGAAAUGGCACAAAAUUGUCUCGGAUUGUAGUUUGUGAUGUACUGUCGGCAAUUUUCCAAUUUUAGGAGGGGUGUCAAUUCCUCAGGUUUUUUUUGGUGUGCUAUUUGAAUAGCUGUACACAGGUUAAUUAUGGUCUUCUGCCAUCUAGUGGAAGAGAAUUUAAUUUUUCUGCCUGUCACUAUACAUCGCUGGCAUAGAAAGAUACACAAAGAUAAAAGUCAACAAUAAUUUCCGGCACCCUAAUAUGGUUGGGAAUCACUAUCUGAGAAUAUGGGGGAGGAAAAUGCAGUUAAAACCAGUAAUAAGUAUAGAAUGUGAGGAAGCUUAGCAUCAGAAGCUAAUCUUUGGAGGGUGUAACCUGGGCGCACUGACCUAUUGUGGGACAUUAAUUAUGAGGUUAAGCACAGUAUUACAUUUUUUUUUUUUUUUUUGUUUAAAUUUUUACCUCACUUGUAUCGCAGGCCUUUUCUUGGCUUUGACGACUAUAGCAGUAUAUAUCUUUUUCUUUUUCUUGCACACAUCUAAACAAAGCUUCAAGUUUCCACUGUCACAAAGAAAGAGAGAGGAUGAAUGACUUUUAUAAUACACGCUGUGCUUAAUGAUGGUUUCCGCGGGAAGGUGAAAUGUCACCCCGGAAAUCUGAUGCCUGCGCAGACGAAUGCAUUGUAAAGUGAGUGUGUGAAUUCUAUGUGAAAGGGCAGGUGGAAUAAAACUUUGAUUGGA